AUGUCCUCAACCCCCUCCCUGCAGACACUCCGAGAGGGGGCCACCUGUUCUGCCUGCACAGGGCCCCUGAAGGAUGCAGUGACUGCCACCUGUGGACACACCUUCUGCCGGCCCUGCCUCCCUGUGCCCUUCCAGAUGGGGGCCCACCCCUCCAGCAGGGUUCUGCUCUGCCCCUUCUGCCAGCAGAAGGAGCAGCCAGAGAACCUCAUGGUCCCUUUGCCCCUGGGCCCUCUGGGAGAAACCUACUGUGAGGAGCAUGGCGAGAAGAUUUAUUUCUUCUGUGAGAACGAUGCGGAGUUCCUCUGUGUGUUCUGCAGGGAGGGUCCCUCCCACCAGGCCCACUCUGUGGGGCUCCUUGACGAGGCCAUUCAACCCUACCGGGAACGUCUCAGGAGUCGGUUGGAAGCUCUGAGCAUGGAGAGAGAUGAGAUUGAAGACAUAAAGUGUCGGGAAGACCAGAAGCUCCAAGUGCUUCUGACUCAGAUAGAAACCAAGAAGCAUCAGGUGGAAGCGGCUUUUGAGAAGCUGCAGCAGGAGCUGGGGGAACAGCAGCGACUCCUGUUGGCCGGGCUGAGGGAGCUGGAGCGGCAGAUCUGGAAGGAGCGGGAUGAGUACAUCGCAAAGGUCUCAGAGGAGGUGGCCCGGCUUGGAGGUCACAUCAAGGAGCUGGAGGAAAAGUGUCAGCAGCCAGCAAGUGAGCUGCUGAAAGAUGUCAGAGUCAACCACAGCAGGUGUGAGAUGAAGACUUUUGUGAGUCCAGAGGCCAUUUCUCCUGACCUUGUCAACAAGAUUCGCAAUCUCCACAGAAAAAUACUCCCUCUCCCAGGGAUGAUAAGAAAGUUCUCAGAAAACUUGGUGCUUCAUCUGGAAACAGAUUCAGGGGGCGUCACCCUGGACCCUCAGACCGCCAGCCGGAGUCUGGUCCUCUCAGAGGACAGGAAGUCAGUGAGGUACACCCGGCAGAAGCAGAACCUGCCCGACAGCCCUCUGCGCUUCGAGGGGCUCCCAGUGGCGCUUGGUUCCCCGGGCUUCUCCUCGGGCCGCCACUGCUGGCAGGUGGAUGUGCAGCUGGCGGACGGCGGCGGCUGCAUGGUGGGGGUGGCCCGGGAGACGGUGAGGAGGAAGGGGAACAUGGGCCUGAGCGCCGAGGAGGGCGUCUGGGCCGUGAUCCUCUCACACCAGCAGUGCUGGGCCAGCACCUACCCGGGCACCGACCUGCCGCUGGGCGAGAUCCCGCGCCGCGUGGGUGUCUCCCUGGACUAUGAGGCGGGCCGGGUGACGCUCCACAAUGCCGAGACGCGGGCUCCCAUCUUCACCUUCGCCGCCUCUUUCUCAGGCAAAGUCUUUCCUUUAUUUGCCGUCUGGAAAAAAGGCUCCUGCCUUACUUUGAAAGGGUCCAAGGAGUGGUGUAGCGAAGAAAGCAGCGCCCUGGGAUCCAGCUCUGGCCCUGUCCAGCCGCGUGACUUUGGGAGCCUCCUUGUCCCCAAGUGA